UCACAAUGUAGCUUACGCGAGGAAGUUUUGUUCCUCUGGCUGCUCCAACUUUCUAAAUCUCGCAAAACCAGAGCUCAUAGCUCUGGCCCUUCAAUGGCGGUUCUACCAAUCGAUUUCCUAUUUAAAGCUGAGAACUCUCCCUCUAUCUCCCUUCUUCGUACCAAAGCCCAAAAUCCACAAGAAUCCAUCUCCCAGAAACCCAAUUACGACCUAGAACCCUCCCCAUUUAUCCCUCUCAUCUUCUUCCCUCCACCUCACACCACCGGCCCCACGACGACUAAUAAAGAAGGCUGGAUCUAAUCAGAGUCAAAGCCAGCGCUAGCACGCCUGUAAUUGGAGGGACGGAGGAGCAAUCUGCUCUUUCUCGACGACGCCCCAGAUCUGAGCGUUGAUAACUCGGUUAGGAGAAGAUGGGUCGUUCUCCCAUUGCUCUGGAUUUGACAAUGGCGUUGGCGGCGGAGCCUAGGAACUUGAAGACGCACUCAUCACAUCCCAGCUCUAAUGAAUCGGGUCAGCGAAUAGGAGUUGUUCUCCCCCUGGUCGAGAUUCGUCGAGGGUGGUGGCGCCAGAGCCUUAGAACUCAACAAAUUGGAAUUUGGAAGAGGAAUAGACAAAUCGAGCGAGAGGGAAUCCUGGGGAGAGGGAUAGACAAGUAUGUGUUCUUGUUUUUCAAACGUCUGAUUAAAGGGGAAGCUUGAUAGGAGAUGGGAAAUAAGUUGCAAAAUGGUGU